AGAAUUUGGAGGAGAUGGUGCAAGCCUUCUCGAGCCGGGUUCUGAGGAUGUGUUUCUUCUCCGCUUCCUGCCAAGAUUAUGGAUUGGGAACAAGAGAGACGGAGACGAGAGGGAACCAGGGGCGAAGGGGGGAAGUGUUGGGUCGAUUCAGUAUUUGGGGAAACAAAAGAAAACGAGGAAAUACGCGACCAUGAAGCGAAUGCUUAGUUUACGAGAUGAAAGAUUAAAAGAAAAGGAUAGAUUAAAACCAAAAAAAAAAGAGAAGAAAGAUCCCAGUGCUCUCAAAGAAAGAGAAGUUCCCCAGCACCCAUCCUGCUUAUUCUUCCAAUAUAAUACACAAUUGGGACCCCCUUACUACAUCUUGGUUGAUACCAACUUUAUCAAUUUCUCCAUCAAGGCCAAGUUGGACUUAGUGCAGUCAAUGAUGGAUUGUCUGUAUGCCAAAUGCAUUCCUUGCAUUACUGACUGUGUAAUGGCUGAAAUUGAAAAACUGGGACAGAAGUACCGAGUAGCCCUGAGGAUUGCCAAGGACCCACGAUUUGAACGGUUACCAUGCUCACACAAAGGAACAUAUGCAGAUGAUUGCUUAGUCCAAAGGGUCACACAGCACAAGUGUUACAUUGUGGCUACAGUCGAUCGAGAUCUUAAGCGAAGAAUCCGGAAGAUUCCUGGAGUUCCCAUCAUGUACAUUUCUAACCAUAGGUAUAACAUCGAGAGAAUGCCAGAUGAUUAUGGAGCCCCUCGACUGUAACAUCAAGAGACUGAACUUCUGUGAUGCCAGUCUACGAAAUAUCCAUACAGUUAACAAAGAAAUGCCAUUCUAGUCUCUUACUUGUUGUAUUGUGAAAAUGUGCUUACAGAGACUUUAAAAAAUUUUUAUUCCAAAAUGGUUUUUUAAUCUUAAUGAAAAAAUCAUUUAAUUUACAUAUAAAUCAAUUUUGUUCAGACAUUUCUGUAGACUGAGUUAUCCUUAUUGUCUCAUUCUUCACUGUUGGAUAAUAGGCUUUAAACAAGCAUUUCAAUGGGCUUUCUCCCCUUGACUUUACCAUUAUUGUAGAAGCUGCUUCUAUCUACAAUUUUAUUAUGUAAGUGAGGAAAAUAUUUAAACUGUCACUAGAUGUAAGAAAUAUUUCUUGAAGAAUAUGCUGCCAGAUAUCUUAGGGCAUAUAUUUCAGACUUCUAAGCAUUAGUUUCUAAUUUGUAUUAGAAUUAUGAGGAAGCAUGCUUGAUAAUUAUACAAGUUGAAGUCAAUAUUCUGGGAAAAUGUCUUAAUUUUCUCUUCUGUUGGACAUUUUUUGAAAGUUUUUAUUGAUAUCUUUUACAUUGCAUUCAUUUCUUAAUAAUCACUACUCCAAAUGAGUCCCCCAAAAAAAGAAAAAAAAAGGAAUCCAGUAGGACUAACCUAUCUACAAAUUCAAAUACCACAUGAACUGUUUCAUAACCACACUCCCUCUGCAAAUGAAAAAGAGAGGUAUAUUCUUAUAAUUUGGUGGGGUUGGGUUAAAGGGGCAGGGAUGCUAUAUCGACUUGUGAAGUUCAGUCUUUACCGAAUCCCUUUGGAAAGUAUAAUCAAUGAGAUAUUUUGACUGUUGGUUAAGAAUGCAUUUUUAAUUCACUUUGAAGAAACAUCUGAUCAUUUUGUUCUUUCCCAUUUCAACCACCCAUAUUUUUGUUUUUCAUUCCACAAAAAUUAUGUACAGAACUCUAUGUACCCUGUACUAGAUAUUGGGGGAAAAAAUAGAAAGGUUAAAUAAAGUUCCUGCCUUUAAGAAUCAUUGGGGGUAUUUGACAUACAUAACUUUUUCCAAAAGUUUAGAAAUAGAAAAUACAAAUGGGACUAUACUUAUGAGUCGCAGAAGGGCUUUAUGAUAGUGGAGAUCCAAUUAUAAUUAGAGGUAGAUAAUAACAAGUUAGUAGUGAAGAAGGCAUUGAAGCCAUGAGAGAGAGGACAGCUUAAGGGGGAUGUGAUUGCAUGUUAAGACUAUGUGAUAAAAGAGCGAAGUUUGACACAGGUCCAAGAUUGUGGUUGCAUAGAAUUCAAGGGAUUCAAUGAAAGAAUAGGAUCCCAUGGGCUAAAAUUCCUUAUCAAAGUCAGAGUCCAGGAGUAAUGGAAAGCUCUCAAGUGAUAUCUUAAAAGCAGAAAAACAAAAUAAUACCAGUGAGAAGAAAAAGGAGUUAUCUGAGGACAUUUGUGUGGGUGUCCUCUCAGAUUUUUAAAAGAUGUGUCCAAAAGCAUGGGCAGAUAAAAUGAAUACAAAAAUGUGAUAGUCCUAAAAGAACAGGGUCAGGCAGCAGUGUUUCUACUGGGCUUAUAUCCCAAAGAUAUCUUAAAGGAGGGAAUGGGACUUGUAUGUGCAAAAAUGUUUGUGGCAGUCUUUUUUGUAGUGGCUAGAAACUGGAAGCUGAAUGGAUGCCCAUCAAUUGGAGAAUGGCUGAAUAAAUUAUGGUAUAUGAAUGUUA